AUGGCUUCACCCCGCAUUAUUCCGUUUGUCUUUGUCCUGCUCAUGGUUGGGUGCUCUGCAAGAGUUCUUUACCCACUCCCCAGCAGAAGAAAUGACAGAAAUAGGCAACCGAUCCAAACAUUUCGGGCCUAUAACAUUGCUCACCGUGGCUCAAAUGGGGAAAUUCCUGAAGAAACAACUGCUGCAUAUAUGAAAGCUAUUGAAGAAGGUGCUGAUUUCAUAGAGUCUGAUGUUUUAGCUUCCAAAGAUGGGGUGUUGAUAUGCUUUCAUGAUGUAACCCUUGAUGACACUACUGAUAUAGCCGAUCACAAGGAAUUUUUGGACCGGAGAAGAACCUAUGAAGUUCAAGGAGAUAAUGUCACUGGCUAUUUCACAGUUGAUUUCACACUUGAAGAGCUGAAGUCAUUAAGAGUAAAGCAAAGAUACUCAUUCCGGGAUCAGCAGUACAACGGAAAAUUUUCGAUUAUAACAUUUGAGGAAUUUAUUUCAAUUGCUCUGGAUGCACCCAGAGUCGUUGGAAUAUAUCCAGAGAUAAAGAAUCCAGUAUUUAUCAAUCAACACGUUAAGUGGUCAGGUGGUAAGAAGUUUGAGGACAAAUUCGUACAAACGCUCAAAAAGUACGGGUACCAUGGUUCUUAUUUGUCAAAACAAUGGCUUAAGCAACCUGCUUUUAUUCAGUCAUUUGCACCAACUUCUCUUACCUACAUUUCAAACAUGACCGAUCUGCCGAAGAUUUUCCUAAUUGAUGACAUCACCAUGCCAACUCAAGAUACUAAUCAGUCUUACUGGGAGAUCACUUCGGAUAAUUAUCUUGAUUAUAUCAAGGAAUAUGUUGUCGGGAUUGGGCCCUGGAAGGAUACACUGGUUACCGCAUCAAAUAAUUAUCUGCAAGCGCCAACAGAUCUUGUAGCCAGAGCACAUGCCCAUAACCUUCAGGUUCACCCGUACACCUACCGGAAUGAGAAUCAGUUUUUGCACUACAACUUCAGUCAAGACCCGUACAAAGAGUACGAUUACUGGAUAAACGAGAUUGGAGUUGAUGGGCUUUUUACGGACUUCACAGGCAGCCUCCAUCGGUAUCAAGAAUGGACCAAGCCUUUCUCGUCUGGGGAAGAAGAUGCAUCAAAGCUUCUCGACAAAAUUGUUACUUUAAUCUCAAAGUUCAGACACUACUGA